AUGAGUGCUGCCACAGCUGUGAACGGGCAUCACGAUGCUGCCACGAUAGCACACGUGCCGGUACUGGCAGACGAUGUCGAUGUCAUUGUCAAUGCCGCUGAGAAUGCGAACGCCGACGCCCUUGCGGCUGCGGUUGCAAUUGCGCCAGAGAGCACCAACGGCAACGGCACCAACGGCAACAGCACCAGCAGCAACAGCAACAACGGGAACCAGUGUAACGACAGCCGGGGCUGGGUGGUUCAGAAGUUUGGCGGGACGAGCGUGGGGAAGUUUGCUGUGAAGAUCGCAGAGGAUAUUGUACGGCCGGGCCUCAAGCAUAAUAAAAUCGCCGUCGUCUGCUCUGCACGAAGUACUGGCAAGAAGGUCGAAGGUACCACAAGCCGGUUACUGGAGAUUUACGGUGUCCUUGAAUCUGUGAACGUCGUCAAUGAUGCCGAAUCGGUCCAUUACGAGAGCCUGGUCAGCGAGUAUGAGAGACUAGUCUAUGUCAUAUCAGAGGACCAUGUCGCUGCGGCGGAAUUGCACAUUCGGGACGAAGACAUACGUUUGCGACUUAUAAGGGAGGUCCGGGAUGAAUGCAAGGAAAUUGUAGACUAUAGAGCAGCGGCACAAAGAUGGCAUUUGGAAAUCGACUCCAGAUCUAAGGACCGGAUUGUCAGUUUCGGGGAGAAGCUCAGCUGCCGGUUUGUUGCAGCCUUACUACAGGACCGGGGCGUCGAUUCCGAGUAUGUAGAUCUCUCUGAUGUGGUUCAUUACAAAUCCACUAGGAAAGGGCUGGGACAAGAUUUUUACGAGCACAUGGCUGCUACUCUCAGGGAGAAGGUUUUAGCUUGCGGGCACAGAGUGCCAGUCCUUACUGGAUACUUUGGAACGGUGCCAGGCGGUUUGAUGGAUGGCGAAAUUGGUAGAGGAUACACCGAUCUAUGUGCUGCUCUCAUUGCUGUAGGCAUCCAAGCCGAGGAGCUGCAGGUCUGGAAGGAGGUGGAUGGCAUAUUUACGGCCGAUCCGACAAAGGUCCCCACCGCGAGAUUACUCCCUACUAUUACUCCGUCUGAAGCCGCCGAGCUGACGUUCUACGGCUCCGAAGUCAUCCACCACCUGACGAUGGACCAAGCCAUCCACGCAACACCACCCAUUCGAAUCCGGAUCAAGAACGUCAAGAACCCCCAGGGUAACGGAACUAUCAUCUUGCCCGAUCCGAAAUUGGACUCCCAUCGACUUUCACAUUCCAGGAGUUCAAGCUCUUUGAGUCUGAGGAAAUCACCCAAGCGGCCGACCGCCGUUACCAUUAAAGACAAAAUCUCCGUUAUCAAUGUCCACUCAAACAAGCGGUCCAUCUCGCACGGAUUCUUCGCCAAAGUCUUCUCCAUCCUCGACAGCCGACAGCUAUCAGUUGACCUCAUCUCCACCAGUGAAGUUCACGUCUCGAUGGCAAUCCAUUCAGCCAAUAUUCCCGAUGGCGAGCUACAGAAAGCAAAAGCAGAUCUUGAGCAGUGUGGCGAGGUCAGCGUUCUAAAUAAUAUGGCCAUUCUCUCCCUAGUGGGCGCAGAAAUGAAGAAUAUGAUCGGUGUUGCUGGUCAUAUGUUUUCCACGCUUGGAGAAAACCAUGUAAAUAUUGAAAUGAUAUCACAAGGUGCGAGCGAGAUCAACAUAUCCUGCGUAAUCGACGCCUACGAAGCGACGAGGGCUAUGAACAUCCUGCACACGAAUCUCUUUACAUUUCUCGAGUGA